CCCACAAUGCUUUCCUUUCUCCCCCUAUUGCUCUCCUUUGCUUCGUACGCUCUCGCGGGAUCCUUUCAAUGCACCCUCGAAUUGACAUGGGGCACUGGCUCUCCGGAUGGUUUUGAGAGGGAAAUGAUCUUCAUCAACGGGCAAUUCCCGGGUCCUCUCUUAGAGAUUGAGCAAGGUGAUUGGGUGGAGAUCACCGUGCUCAACAGCAUGCCAUUCAACUCUACCAUUCACUCCCACGGCAUUGAGCAAAUCGACACUCCAUGGGCCGAUGGUGUGCCUGGCCUUUCGCAACGCCCUAUCCAACCGGGCGACAGCUUCACGUAUAAGUGGUAUGCCAACCAGUACGGCAGUUACUUUUACCACGCGCAUAGUCGGGGCCAGAUUGAUGACGGAUGCUAUGGCCCAAUGCUUGUAAAGCCAAAGCCUGGUAUUCUCAAGCCCUUCGAUAAGAUUGCCCCUGCAGAGGUCCACUUGCUUGAGGCAGCCGAGGCAAAGGUCACCCCUCUGGUCGUGUCCGAUUGGCGGCACACCACUUCAGAGCGCACGUGGCAGCUCGAGCUUGAGUCUGGGAUAGAGAGCGCCGUUUGUAUGGAUGCUCUUCUCGUUAAUGGCAAGGGUUCCGUAGACUGCUGGCCAAGAGAGCAGAUCACUCGGUUCACCAACCCGGGUAUUGCGCCUCUCCUACAGCAGAACAACUUGCAAAUGACGGACAAGGGAUGCCUGCCACCGGAGAUGCUGACGAUCCUUCUUGCGAACGGAACCGACACUAACAUUGACGUGCUCCCGCCAGAGGUCUUUGAGGUGUGCACACCUACGCAGGGCUCCCGUGAGGUUAUCAAAGCUCCCAAUUCUGCCAAAUGGAUGGCUCUCGAUAUCAUUCAGACUGCUGGCAUCGACGCCUUUGCAUUCAGCAUUGACGAGCAUCCUAUGUGGAUCUAUGGGGUUGACGGUCACUACAUCGAGCCACUCAAGGUCGACGCUAUCAAUCUCUACAACGGUGACAGAUACUCUGUGUUCAUUGAAUUGGACAAGCCUGCAGCCAACUACGGCAUUCGGGUAGCCUCAAUCGCCCUAGCACAGCUUAUAGACACCACUGCUGUCCUUUCGUACGAGGGAGGCCACAGUCACUACAGGAAUGGCACUCGGGACGAGUCCGACGCUGUGACAUCGAGACCCUAUACCAACCAAGCCGGUGCCGCUACUUCGACCGACGUCACCUUCUUCGAUCAAACGCAGAUGUUAUCGUUUCCCCCUCAGUUCCCACAGCCCGCUCCAGAAGUUGACCGAACAUUCAUCCUAACGCUCGACUCGGUGGGCGCUUCUUACAUCUGGGCUUUGAACGCCACUCCCUUCAACCACGCCAUUGACGAUACCAACCCGCCUCUCCUCUACCAAAAGCCCGAUGCGAGCAAUCCCGGAGGGGACAUCACCAUUAUCACAAAGAACGACACCUGGGUUGAUCUCAUUAUGAAAGUUGUCACAGUCAACCAGCCUCCACAUCCAAUUCACAAGCACAGCAACAAGGGUUUUAUCAUAGGGCAAGGCGAGGGAGAUUUCCCUUGGAGCUCUGUCGCCGAAGCUGCGGCCGCCAUGCCGCAAAACUUCAAUCUCGUCACUCCGGCUUAUCGCGACGGGUUCGUCACACUAGCGAGUGUAACGGAGCCAACGUGGUUGGCUGUGCGGUAUCAUGUGGUGAAUCCGGGUGCUUUCAUGUUGCACUGCCAUAUUCAGAGUCAUUUGAACGGUGGGAUGGCCAUGGUCAUCUUAGAUGGCAUAGAUGAGUGGCCUGAAGUACUAGAACAUUACAAAAAUUAG